UGAUCAAACAUUUCCACUCCAAAAUAUUAUUUUGAAGUGAUUAAUUAAGACAACAAUAAAUCCGUCAAAUUUGACAAUUCCCAUGUGAUUUAAGAUCAAAAGUGCUUAGCCGAAAUUUUUAAUAAAUGCUAAAUUUGUAAUCACGUGCCUUUGUAACUGCUAUGUUUUGAUGCUGAAACAAAAUGGCGAACAUAUUGCAAAUCGAUUGCAACGACGAUUCGGAUGAAGCUAAUUAUUUCGAAUUAAUCAGGAAGUUGGGCAUCGGCAUCUACGACCAAGGAGACUGUUCCCUCAACUCGCAGGAGGAUGCAUCAAUCCCACCCCUCCAAAUCAUCCAGAAAUACGCGUACUCCGAGAACGUGUGCGACAGAAAGAUGGUGGCCAGGAAGGUGCAGGAUCUGUUGCGCACGGUGCCGGCCCAGACCCUGGUUAAGGACAUGCCGGAAAUCAUGAGGAUUUUGACCGAGCUGAGUAACGAUCAUAUAGUUACGGCCGAUUUACUGGAGCAAGUACCUCUCAUUGCCGCUAAAGCAACGGAACACUCGGCCGACUGUAGUGAACUCAAGAGCAUCGUCAACGAUUAUUUGAUCACGUUAGUGGUCAAAAACAUCGACAACACCAAAAGUGUGAUACCAGCCCUCACCCAACUCAUAGAGCAGGGCUUCAUUAACAAAACACAGGUCGAAAUCAGAAUAUGUCCCACCAUACUAUCCCUGUCGAGGUCCGAACUAAACGCCGCAGCUUCAGUCGAGUUGAUGUGCAAGCUGGCACCCCUCCUGGGACGUGAUGUGACCGAAAGGGUGUUCUUGAAGAGGUUCACCGAAUUAUGUGCCAACGAGCAGUUCAUAGUGCGGAAGGUCUGUUGCCUUCACAUCGGCGACAUUUGCUCCGUCGUGGGAAAGGACAGCUUCGAAAACAUCUUGCUGCCCUCGUACAUCAAGCUGUGCAGCGACGAAACUUGGAGCGUUCGUAAGUCUGGCGCUGAGGUGAUAAUGUUCGUGUCGUGCGCCUGCACACCUGAAACAAGAAAAGCGGUACUGUCGCCCAUUAUAAUCAAACUGUUGCAAGAUGAAUCUAGGUGGGUGAAGUCGUCGGCAUUCCACGCAUUGGGACCUUUCAUUUCCACCUUUGCAAAUCCCACAGUCACUAGAGCCACUUACAACAAUGUUGGACAGUUGGUUUUAGUCAACAAAGAUGGAAGUGAAUACCUGAUGGACACGUGCAAUAGAGACAUUUCAACAGACACACCGUUCAACAACGAUUUCCUUGAGGACGACAAUGACAUGUCGGAUUGUGAUAAAAAGCCACUAAAAAAUAUCAUUCAGCCUUCAUCAGAAGAUCAGGCUAUUCCAGCUGGAUUAUCAGACUUACUAUCAAAUUCUCCCAGCAUCUUCUCACUUCCUAGUAUAUCAGAAAAAGAACUAAACGAUUUAAUUGAUCAAUCCAUACCAGUCACUGAUGAUUUCUUGUUGGACGUCGACAAGUCCACAUCAGAUUGCCUUGAGCAACCCCUGUAUUUAAAUAAGAAAAAAACCAAGACUAAAAACUUAAAUACCAAUGAAACGAACGAUGAUAUUAAGCAAUGUGAUAACUUAGAUAGUUCAAUAGAAACUUUAAAUGGAAAUGUCAAAACUGUAAAUAGUAAUGGUACAUUAGGAAAUGAAACUGAUGUUAAUAAAAACAUCGAGUCCACUGAAAAUAGUAAUAUACCUCAUACCAAACCAGAACCUGUUGUUGACAAUGCAGAAACUGAUCAGGUAAAUAAUAGUGAGAAUGAACUGGAGGAUGACAAUUUGCAGUUGUUUAAUUCAUAUAACUAUUGGUACAUCAAGCCCGAGUUGCCCUUAGAUCCUGACAUUUUAAAUCAGACUGAUACCACCGAAUCGGACGAAGACUACACGAAAACCCUAAAAGAUAUGUAUUCCAAGUUCAACCUAAAUGAUAUAUUGGAAGACAGUACCACUACAGAAGAUGGAAAUCUAAGUAACAGCAAUGGUGAAACAUCCGACGACAGUAAGGAAUCCACCCCUCCGCCGCUCGUCGAAAAGAAGCCGGAACAAACCAUCGUACCCCAAGAACUGGUGGAUUACUUCGUCCGAAUGACGGACCAAAACAUGGUCAUGUGUUUGGAUCAGGCGUUGACCUCACACUGCGCCUAUUCUUUGCCGGCGGUGGCCCUGACUUUGGGCACCGACAACUGGAAGCUGCUGAAGAAAACGGUCGAAAUCCUCGCCACCGACAUGCACUACAAAGUGCGGAAGAUAGUGGCGAGCAGUUUGCACGAGCUCGCCGUCAUUUUGGGACCGGAAAUAGCCACCCAAGACCUGGCCCCGCUUUUCGACAGCUUCAUAAAAGACGUGGACGUUGUCAGGAUUGGUAUGCUCAAACACUUGGUUGAAUUCUUUGCUGUUAUCAGUCCGGAGAAGCGGGCCUCGUACUUACCCAAGCUGUCUGAGUUCAUGUCCACCGACAACGUGGCGAACUGGCGUUUUAAAGACGAGCUAGGGAUUCAACUGCAACAGGCUGUGAAGCUGUUCCAACCUAACGACACCGCUAAUUACAUCGGUAAAAUUGCUCAGUGUCUGUUGAGCGAUAAAGUGGCGGCGGUCCGUCAAACUGCCAUACAACUGAUAAUCGAAAUAAUUAACAGCACUAAGUCGGAGCCCGGUUUAACGCCUCACCUCCUCAUUAAGCUUGCCGAAAGAUUUGCGCACUCUAAGAUUUGGAAGAGGAGACAGAGUUACGCCUUGUUGUGCUCGGAUCUUUUGGCAAACAAAACUAUUCCUGAGGAGCAGUUUGCAUCUGAGGUGAUGCCUCACCUGUUGGACCUGAGUUGGGAUCCGGUGGCCAACAUAAGACUUGUCGUUGCCAGAAGUCUUUCUAAUUACAUAAUAAACAACGAAUACUUUAUUAAUCCAAAGAACGAACAUUUGGAUGGACUGGAAUCGGUUUUAAAGAGACUGCAAGCAGAUAAAGACAGGGAUGUUCGCGAAUCCGCAAUCGUGGAACAUACCACUGUACCUGUUCAUUAAUUAUUUGAUUUUAAUUUUAUUUUAUUUUUGUUCUUGUUUAGUGAUUUUAAAACAGUUUUUACCUUUGUUGGAAACUCCUUUUCCCAAGUUUUUUUUGCAAGAUUUAAAAUUUGGAAAUUAUUCAUAACAUUUUGUGUACCUUUUUAAUUAAAUGAUAGCUGGUUUUAUAGCAAAAUUAAUAUACUUUAUUUUAAAUGGAAUAAUUAAACUAAAUUCGAUUUUUUAAUAUAAAACCAGCUAUAAUUUGUAAUAUAUGUAUAAAUUUCCACAAUAAAAUUAUUAAAAAUACUAAA